AUGUCGGACCAAGAAGGACAGGUCAUCCUCCCCAUCAUCGACUCCCACAUCCACCUGUGGCCGUCCAACUCGCUGUCAGAGUACGGCUGGCGCGACGGUUCGGACCCGGACGCCCCGGGGGAGCACUACAUCCAGGAGUUCAGGGAGGCUACGCACUCAGCCCCUUCCCUCCUGGGGUACGUCCUGGUCGAGAGCGACCGGAGGUUCGACCUCGAGAGCGGCGCGGCCGACGGAUCCGGCUGGGAGCUCCCCCUGAGGGAGGUGGGCAUGAUGCGCAGGGCUGCUCUGGGGGACUAUUCCGACGGCUCCUCCCCGGGUGGGGACCAGAACCGAGAGGACGGGAGCGAGGGCAGGAAGGAUCCGGAAUGUCUCGGUCUCGUCCCCUGGGCUCCCCUGCCUUCCGGUCCGGCCGUGAUGGAGAGGUACAUCGACCGAGUCAGGGAGGUGGCGGGCGAGGAGGCCUGGCCCAAGGUCAAGGGGUUCAGGUACCUCGUCCAGGACAAGCCGGCGGGCACGAUGCUGGAGCCCGGCUUUAUCGAGUCGCUCAGGCUCCUGGGUCGGAGGCGUUUCGUCUUCGAAGUCGGCGUCGAUCACCACCGGAGGGGAAAGAGGCAGCUGGAGGAGAUGGUCUCCAUGAUUGAGAAGGCUCAUGACGGUGUACCUGAGGAGGACAAGGUGACUCUCAUCAUUAACCACCUCUGCAAACCAGACUUGACAAUCUACAACAUCACAUCGGACCCAUCCUUCCACGCCUGGCGGACGACAAUCUACACACUGGGGAAAUGCUCAAACACCUAUAUGAAGCUGUCGGGCGCCUUCUCCGAGAUGCCCGUCUCCCUGCGCACCCAGACGCCCCUGCACAUCUUCCAGAGCACCCUCGGCUGGCUGGGCAUCGUCCUGGCCACCUUCGGCCCUGACCGCAUCAUGUUCGGCAGCGACUGGCCAGUCUGUACUCUCGGGGGCAUCGCCGCCGCCGCCGUCAAGGCAGAGGAGGGUCAGGACGAGGAGACCGGGAAGAAGGUUGUCGGCGCCGGCAACGGCAGCACCGCCGACCCUGACGCCUGGGGUCGCUGGCGUGACGUCGUAGAGAAGAUGUGCUGGAUGGGCUCUAUGACGGACGAGGAGAGGGCCAUGGUAUUUGGCGGUACGGCCAAGAAGGCAUACCGACUUUAG